UGCUCGUCGAAAGCUGUGCACGCUGCGGAAGCGACGGCAUCGCUCGAAGCCAUUGGCAACAACAACACAGCGAACACUGGCAGACCAUUCGAAACAACAACUACAAGGCCGCACCGAAUGAGGGGCUGAGGUUGAAGUUGAAAUUGAGGCUGAGGCUGAAGCUGAAGCUACGGCUUUCCGUCGGCAAAAGUGUGUUUGGAAUUAUCGAGAAUUACCGCGCGUAGAAAGUUCAGUUUGUGUGUUCCGUGGUGCUGGCGCGGUGUUAUCCCUGCAAACGCACUUGCGCUCGUGAUAUCGCUGCGUGGCGGGCGGAAGAAGAGCCAAGUCAGCAGCCCCGCUCCGCAACUAAAAGUCAGCGGUGACAAAAAGUGAAAGCGGAAACGGAAACGGAAACAGAAACGGCAGAACCAGGGAGCCGAGAAACAGGCAGCGGCAGUGACAAGUGUGAAAUGUGCGGCUGCAUUGUCGUUUUGUUUUUACUCUGACCCAAAUCGCAUUGCAUCCGAGCAGUGCCGGUGUGUGAGUGGUGCAAACGUAUGUCCGUCUGUGGCCCUGGUGCCAGUGGAGCCGGACCGAUAAGCCCAGUUGCUGUCACCGCCGAGCGAAAGUCGCGAGUGCCGGCAGCUAGAUAAUUACACAGGACACAGUACACAGGACACAGGCCAUCGGAGUCCUCCUCAGCAUUCAUUCCGGACUCAACCGCGUCCGAAAACCCAUCCACAGUUGGCCGUUUCUGGCAUGUAGUCAAAGACAGACAGACAGGCCGCAUUGAUUGGCUGCUCACAUCGCAAGAGGCAGGAAGCGGAAAGACCUUCCGAGGACACUACACUACACUGAAAACGAUCCAUCAUCUCGGCAUUACGCUCCGGCAUUGUUCCUCGCAGAAGGAGGAGAAGGCAGAGCGGGCAGAGCAGCCACUACAGCAAAUUGAAUGUAAUUUCAUAAAAAGGCGAGUGUUAAUUUUUUGCCAGCCACACAAUACAAGAUAGAUACCGACGUGGCUUAAUGUGCUAACACGCAGUGACAUGAAAAAUGAUGAAGAGCAUGCAACUUUCGCCCGCACCCAGCCGCUAGAGCAGGAGCCCCAAAGAAAGGAGCGCGCGACGAGCUGCAAAUUUGAGACGCUUGCGAGGAGCAGUGGAGCAUUGUAGCUCGCAGGACAACAGACGGCAACGCAUUGACAAGCGACGGUAAAAGGAAACGGCAAAAAAGGCAAAAGAAGCAAAAAAGGGAAAAAGGGAAAAAAGACGAGAAAGGCAAAAGAGGCAAAAAAGGCAGCGCUGCACAUCGGACCAGCAUCAUUUAUCAGCGGCGCAUCGCACCCACAGCAACGCCUGCCCGAGGAGGCAUAUGUGUGCCGGAGAUGCCGGCAUUGUGUGGCUGCCGCAGCUGAAAGGAUUCUGCGCGUUCAUUCAAAAAACCAUUAACCCUAAUAAGCAGCCACAAAAGCCAGUCAGACAAUACGCGCCGCCCGCCCAUCGAUGUGCCAGUCGCCCGCCCCUUCCGCGACCCAGGACACAGGCUGUGGACAGUAGGCCGUAGCCGAAGGAAGGAGGAGGAGGAGGAGGAGGAGGAGCUGCUGCAUCAGGAGGAAACCGGCCCCGGUAGCGAGACAGGAUGCCAAUGGUGCCGCCACGGCUGCUGCUGCGUCUGCGGCGGCCCCUGCACUUGAUGGAACUGCGCGUCCUGCUGCUCUGCCUGCCGACGCUGCUGCUGGCCACCACCCUCGAGCCAGAUCAAAAGUCAAUACUCACAGAUAACGACUGGAAGAAGCUAUGGAUGCGCGGCGGUAUAAGUGCCGAUUCAAAAUUGGAUAACAGCCUGGACUCCAGCGACAGUCCAAUGUUCGAAGACAGUGAGCUGAUGGCGCACAACACUACCGUCCAGCUGGGUGGCACCGCCUUUCUGGUCUGCAAGGUCUCCGGCGUGGACAGAGUGGGUGUAAAUUGGAAUCAAAUAUCUUGGAUCCGCCGCCGGGACUGGCACAUCCUGUCGUCGGGGGCCCAGCUCUACACCAACGACGAGCGCUUCGCGAUACUGCACACGCCCGGCUCCAACAUGUGGACGCUGCAGAUAAAGUUUGUGCAGCGCCGGGAUCACGGCAUGUACGAGUGCCAGGUCUCGACGCCGACUGGCAUCAUUUCCCACUUUGUGAAUCUUCAAGUGGUUGUGCCGGAGGCAUUCAUACUGGGCUCCGGCGAGCUGCAUGUCGACAUGGGCUCAACAAUCAAUUUGGUUUGCAUUAUUGAGAAGAGUCCGACACCACCGCAGUACGUGUACUGGCAGAAGAACGACCGCCUGAUCAACUACGUCGACUCCCGGCGGGACAUAACCAUUGAGACGACCCCGGGACCCCGCACGCAGAGCCGUCUGAUCAUCCGGGAGCCGCAGAUCACAGACUCCGGCAACUACACCUGCUCGGCCAGCAACACGGAACCGGCGAGCAUCUACGUCUUCGUCUCGAAAGGCGACAAUAUGGCGGCAAUCUCGCGACGCAAGACCUCCUCCGCCGAUCGCCUGACGCACAUAUUUAGGUCGAUGCUGGCGCCCUGUCUCCUGCUGAACACGGUUGUUGUGAGACGCAUCUUCCUGACCUAAGCGGACCUCUGGCCAGCCAUGGCGAGCGGAAGAACGACGACAAAGAAAUCCUAUUUAAGCUAUUUCAGUGUUAGACCUAAACCGACACAGAGUUAAUAACUGAAUAACCCCGAUUCUAGGAUAAUUGCUAAGCUAAGCUCAGUGAAAGCUGCGCACUCAAGUGUAAAAAUCAAGUUAAUCCAAUCGCAGUCGCUGUGCAUACACGGACGUGUGUACUUGUACGUAUGCCAGGCAUUUACCCGUACAUCCAGACAAGUCUAGAUAAGUACCAGUUUAGUUUGUAACUCACUUCCCAUUGAAUGUGUAUGUAUGAUAUGUUAAAGGAUUUUAAAAUAUGUGAAUUGCGUUAUUCAUAAACGUUCGGUUUAGGUGCAUUCGCCAAACUUCUCGGUUGCCGCCACCACUGUUAUGUAUAUAUGUAGUGCAAUUUUCCUUGCUCGGUGAGCUGAAAGCAGCAACUUAUUCGAAAUGCCUUUGUUCGACCCAGUUCAAUGCUUUCCAACCCAAAAAACUGUUCACUGUAAACGGAAUUUGCAUAAGUAGCCAAUUUGAGUCCAUUAAAAUGAGGAAUAUUUAUGAACAAAAAAACACACAUUAAAACGCUAUUAUAACUGUUACUAAUUGCUAAUUGAAAACUAAAAACAUAAAACAUAAAAACAUAAAAAGAGCUGCGGGCACGUCCAGCCCAGAAGGCAGCAGCAACAACACGAGUAAAAUUAACGUUAACGAGAAUAAGAACCGGAACAUCAACCCACAUUAAUUAAUUAUGUUAUUAAGUUUGUAAAUAAAUUUUAUUGCAAAUGGCAUAGCACGCACACACAAGGACACACACGGCAAGCAGAAAAAAUUAAUUUAAAUUGUGUAAAUAAAAAGGAAAUCAUACAGCUCCAGCACCGUCAACCACAAGUCAUACAACUGACUGAAAAUGUGCUAUAUAUUGGCCAUGGCCCGCAGACUGGAUGGGUCUGAGGACGGAGAAGGGGUCUGCGAGUAUGCGAAUGCUUUAUGGGCUUUCAAACUGUCAAAACCCAGCUGUAAUUAAUUGCAAAAACACACAAGGGAGGUCGAGGCAAGGGGCGGUCGAUGCAGAAACCUAGCCAUAGAGUCAAAUAUAGGAUAAUCUAAAUUCAUCAAUCAGCCAAAUCAGAAAACUGAAAUAUUAUUACUUUACAAACAGAUAUCUAGAAUGGAUAGCUUAUUGAAAUCUCCAAAAAAUACACGCAUCUUGGGCUCCAAAAACUCCCAUCUCUGAACUGGCAUGGGCAGGGAAUAUUUUUAGAAAUAUUCUCACGUUUGUUUCCUGCCUGUGCCAACCAGUUGAAACACCUCAAUCAUGAAACAAACAUCUACGUAAUGAAUUAUGUACAACUUCUCGACUGUUUAUUAAACUUAGGCUGACUCCACUAAUAGCUGCAGCCUGCACUUACCAUAGAAUAAUAUAUAGGGGUUCCGCUCCAAUUCGAGUUGAUGUGUUGUCAGACUUAAGCCAGCAAUAAAUAAUCAUUCGUUCAUUGACGGUACGUAACUUGCAAAACAAAACUGUUAGGAGAUACCAUUUGAAGUUUGAAUAGAUUCAUUAGUGUGAACCCACGAAAACCGAAAACUUAGCGUAAUCAUUAUUACUGACUAACUAAAACUAUUGAUAAUACCGAAAAUACUAAGAUGAAUCCAAAGCCUCCUUGAUGUGUCUGCAUGUGUUUGCUUAUGCCCAAAGCCCCAUUUAAAAGUUAUUUGAUUCUAUUAAAAAAAAACUGAAUUAAAAGAAACAUUUGGUUAGUUUUCACUGUUAAGCAUUCCACUGUAAAUAUUUUGUACUAACAUACGUAUAUAGAAUGGCUGAUAAUAGCCCUUCGUUAUUUAAUGAGAAUCACAUAUGGAAACAAAGGAAAUAUGAUAGGUAAUUGUACUCUUUGUGUGGAAACAGGCAGAGCAAAAAUAAACGAACAACUAAUAUAGAAUGAUUCAAAUGUUUUCAAUGUAAAUGCUCGAGCAAAUAAGUGUAAAAUUCCAAUUUGACGAAUAUGAAUUUAAUAAUAGUACAGAUAUUAAUAAAUCCAAAACUGAACUACAUUGUGCUUACACGCACAGAUACAAAGAGUGGAAUCGACAGAAAAUACCAAAGCAGCAAUGCAUGGCUAACCAUACGAAUGCAUUCAAAUAAAUCAAGUGAUUAUCAUGGAAAAAUAAAUGUAAUUUAAAUAAUAACCAAGCAAAUCA